AUGACCUUGGUUCAGGCCAUUCACCAUCUUCGGUUUGCUUGCAAGGAUUUAUGGAAAUCCUACCGGAUAUUUACUUGCGCGUUUGGCUACAAAUUUCAUUGUUUAUCGAGACAUGAGGAUUGCCUGAGUUUGGUUAUCAAAAACGGACCAACAUUGAUCGCGCUUAGUGACAGUGGGAGUGUCUCUCACUUGAGUGGAAUAAACCGUCGUUAUCCGCAGACAGAUGGUCCGUUUGACAUUGCCUUCGAGGUGAACGAUGUACAUCAAAUAUGUGACAGAGUGCGUCGAAUCAAUGGUUCCAGUUACAUCUUAGCGGAACCCGAGGUACAUGCCGAUCAAAAUGGAUGUGUCACAAUGGCAGUGAUCCGAUCGUGUGUCGGUGAAGUCGUGCACACUCUUUUGGAUAGUUCAAACUAUCGCGGACUGUUUCUGCCAGGCUACGUAUCUCUAGAAUCAAUUUCCCUUGCUGACGUCGCCGAGCGUCUACAGCAGUCUGCCACCUUACGCGCUUCAGUCGACGUUGUUUGCUUGGAUCAUGUCUCAUUUGCAUGCAGGCAUGCCGAUACUGAUAGGGUACUGCAUUGGUACUCUCAAGUAUUUGAAAUGAAACGGGUUACGUGCAGCGAAUCUGAGAAUGAAAUCGACGGCGUUCUGAUCGAACACGACGGAAUGGGCAUGCGGCUCAUAACGUUGGACACUGGCGCAGGACACGUCAAAAAUACUUCGGUUGCCAGCUUCGAUACUUGCAAGUUGGUACUCACGGAACCAUUGACCGAGGCCGACGACGAUCAGCUCACUCGCUUUCUGAAAGUGAACAAAGGACCAGGUAUCCAGCACAUCGCCCUACGAGUUUGCGAGAUUAUGGCCGCUGCUCAGUCCGCACGCAACAGGGGAGCCCAAUUCAUUGACACCCCAAAGGAAUAUUACGAUGAGCUCUCCAAUAGCAGCGCUUUCAAAGAGAUUUCGGUGGAUUUGAACGAACUGCGCGAAUCGGGAGUGCUUUUGGAUACCGAGGUCUUGUGUUCGAAUGAAAAUUCUUCCAAGCGAUUGGGGUUCCUCCUUCAAAUCAUCACCAAACCUUUGUUCGAACCAGAUGGCUUUUUCUUGGAACUCAUUGAUCGCCAGGGCAGUGCUUCUGGUCUUGGUGUAAUGAACAUCAAUUCCCUCUGGCGUGCUGUCGAGGCAACUUCUGGCGCGGCACCGUGA